AUGGAGUCAAGCUCAAAUCCCAGCUCUCUGAAGCAUUAUCUAAUGGAAGAGUUUGAUCCUCGGAUUUUCUCUGACACUUAUUGUUCCCAUACUUCUCACAAGGAAUUGUUAGAAGAAACAACUUUACUUCCAUUGAGACAACUGCAUAAAUUGUUGUCUCCAGGUCGUAUUACAGGCGAAACUUUGAUUUGCAUACCAGUCGCCUCCAUUAUUUUUCCCCUUAUUCCAUUCUUGGAGUUCUUUAAUGACAUCACCGUGUUGGAAUGCAAUGACGUUUGCAUAAAGGAAUUGGAAAAAUGGAGAAAUUCUCAUGACGAAGCCUAUGAUUGGUCUCAUGCAUCCAAGAUUAGUGCAGAACUGAAAGGCAAAGGUGAUGAGUGGAAGAUAAGGGAAGAACAACUUAAAAUAUCAAUUAAACGAAUUCUGAAAUGUGAUUUCACCAAAGAAAAUCCAACGGACCCAGUUACUCUUCAUAAAGUUGACUGUUUAUAUGUUAAUUGCUCCCUGGAAACUAUCUGCAAAGACCAAGAUGAAUAUUUCAGUUGUCUGAAGAAGAUAUCUGAGUGGCUUAAACCAGGUGGUCAUCUGAUAUUAAUGGCUGUAUUAAAUGGUUCAUUUUACAUGGUUGGGGAACACCGGUUCCACCUUCUCACAUUGGAUGAAGAGUUUAUAAGAAAAGCUCUCAGGGACAUAGGGUACGUGACUGAAACCAUAGAGGUGGUAGAAAGGAAAUUAAAAUAUGAGGCUGCAUCUUAUGAUCACCUGGCAUUUAUAACUGCCGUAAAGCAAUGAGAUGUUUAAAAGCCCAUCAAUCUGUAUCACAUUGCGCCCUAUCAGUGCUGGGUGUAAUGGGCAUUUAUGUGCAACCGUCCUUACAUUCUGCUAAUCUUGUGCAAGAAUUUAUUACUGCUAACUGUGACUUUUGAUUGCCAAAAUAAAAAAAGUUACUUUUUCA